GUUGUGACUGAAACCCGUCAAUAUGGCGGCGAUCGGCCGCGGCCGCUCGCUGAAGAACCUCCGAAUACGAGGGCGGAAUGACAGCGGCGAGGAGAACGUCCCGCUGGAUCUGACCCGAGAACCUUCUGACAACUUAAGGGAGAUUCUCCAAAAUGUGGCCAAAUUGCAAGGAGUAUCAAAUAUGAGAAAACUAGGCCAUCUGAAUAACUUUACUAAGCUUCUUUGUGAUAUUGGCCAUAGUGAAGAAAAAUUGGGUUUUAACUAUGAGGAUAUCAUAAUUUGUUUGCGGUUAGCUUUAUUGAAUGAAGCAAAAGAAGUGCGGGCAGCAGGGCUGCGAGCUCUUCGAUAUCUCAUCCAAGACUCCAGUAUUCUGCAGAAGGUGCUAAAAUUGAAAGUGGACUAUUUAAUAGCAAGGUGCAUUGACAUACAGCAGAGCAACGAGGUAGAGAGGACACAAGCACUUCGAUUAGUCAGAAAGAUGAUUACUGUGAAUGCUUCCUUGUUUCCUAGCUCUGUGACCAACUCAUUAAUAGCAGUUGGAAAUGAUGGACUUCAAGAAAGAGACAGAAUGGUCCGAGCAUGCAUUGCCAUUAUAUGUGAACUAGCACUUCAGAAUCCAGAGGUGGUGGCCCUUCGAGGUGGACUAAACACCAUCCUGAAAAAUGUGAUCGAUUGCCAAUUAAGUCGAAUAAAUGAGGCCCUCAUUACUACAAUUUUGCACCUCCUUAAUCAUCCAAAGACCCGACAGUAUGUGCGAGCUGAUGUAGAAUUAGAGCGAAUUUUAGCACCCUAUACUGAUUUUCACUACAGACACAGUCCAGAUACAGCUGAAGGACAACUCAAAGAAGACAGAGAAGCAAGGUUUCUAGCCAGUAAAAUGGGAAUCAUAGCAACAUUCCGGUCAUGGGCAGGUAUUAUUAAUUUAUGUAAACCUGGCAACUCUGGGAUCCAGUCUCUAAUUGGAGUACUUUGUAUACCAAAUAUGGAAAUAAGGCGAGGUCUGCUUGAAGUGCUCUAUGAUAUAUUUCGUCUUCCUCUACCUGUUGUGACUGAAGAAUUCAUAGAAGCACUGCUCAGUGUAGAUCCAGGCAGAUUCCAGGACAGUUGGAGGCUUUCAGAUGGCUUUGUAGCAGCUGAGGCAAAAACUAUUCUUCCUCAUCGUGCCAGAUCCAGGCCAGACCUCAUGGAUAAUUAUUUGGCACUGAUACUCUCUGCAUUUAUUCGUAAUGGACUUCUAGAGGGUUUGGUUGAAGUGAUAACAAACAGUGAUGACCAUAUCUCAGUUAGAGCUACCAUUCUUUUAGGAGAGCUUUUACAUAUGGCAAAUACAAUUCUUCCUCAUUCACAUAGUCAUCAUUUACACUGCCUACCAACCCUAAUGAAUAUGGCUGCGUCUUUUGAUAUUCCCAAGGAAAAGAGACUGCGAGCCAGUGCAGCCUUGAAUUGUUUAAAACGCUUCCAUGAAAUGAAGAAACGAGGACCUAAACCUUACAGCCUUCAUUUAGAUCACAUUAUUCAGAAAGCAAUUGCAGCCCACCAGAAACGGGAUCAGUAUCUCCGAGUUCAGAAAGAUAUAUUUAUUCUUAAGGAUACAGAGGAAGCUCUUUUAAUGAACCUUAGAGAUAGCCAAGUCCUUCAACAUAAAGAGAAUCUUGAAUGGAAUUGGAAUCUUAUAGGGACCAUUCUUAAGUGGCCAAAUGUAAAUCUAAGAAACUAUAAAGAUGAACAGUUGCACAGGUUUGUACGAAGACUACUUUACUUUUACAAGCCCAGCAGUAAAUUAUAUGCCAACCUGGAUCUGGAUUUUGCCAAGUCCAAGCAGCUCACGGUUGUGGGUUGCCAAUUUACAGAAUUUCUUCUUGAGUCUGAAGAGGAUGGGCAAGGAUACUUAGAAGAUCUAGUAAAAGAUAUUGUUCAGUGGCUCAAUGCCUCAUCUGGAAUGAAACCUGAAAGAAGUCUUCAAAAUAAUGGUUUAUUGACUACCCUUAGUCAACACUACUUUUUAUUUAUUGGAACACUUUCUUGCCACCCUCAUGGAGUCAAAAUGCUGGAAAAAUGCAGCGUAUUUCAAUGUCUCCUUAAUCUCUGUUCCUUGAAAAAUCAAGAUCACUUACUGAAACUGACCGUUUCUAGCUUGGACUACAGCAGAGAUGGAUUGGCGAGAGUCAUCCUUUCCAAAAUCCUUACUGCAGCCACUGAUGCCUGCAGGCUGUAUGCAACAAAACAUUUAAGAGUAUUAUUGAGAGCUAAUGUUGAAUUCUUCAAUAAUUGGGGAAUUGAAUUACUGGUGACCCAGCUGCAUGAUAAAAACAAAACUAUUUCUUCUGAAGCUCUUGAUAUUCUUGAUGAAGCAUGUGAAGACAAGGCCAAUCUUCAUGCUCUUAUUCAGAUGAAGCCAGCUUUAUCCCACCUUGGAGACAAGGGUUUGCUUCUCCUCCUGAGAUUUCUUUCCAUUCCAAAAGGAUUUUCCUAUCUGAAUGAAAGGGGUUAUGUAGCAAAACAAUUGGAAAAAUGGCACAAGGAAUAUAAUUCAAAAUAUGUUGACUUGAUUGAGGAACAACUUAAUGAAGCACUUACUACUUAUCGAAAGCCAAUUGAUGGUGAUAACUAUGUUCGUCGGAGUAACCAAAGAUUACAGCGUCCUCACGUCUACCUGCCCGUACACCUCUAUGGACAACUGGUACACCACAAAACAGGCUGUCAUUUGUUGGAAGUACAGAAUAUUAUUACUGAACUCUGUCACAAUGUUCGUACACCAGAUUUGGAUAAAUGGGAAGAAAUUAAAAAACUGAAAGCAUCUCUUUGGGCCUUGGGAAAUAUUGGCUCAUCAAAUUGGGGUCUCAAUUUGCUACAGGAAGAAAAUGUGAUUCCAGAUAUACUAAAACUGGCAAAGCAGUGUGAGGUUCUUUCAAUCAGAGGGACCUGUGUAUAUGUGCUUGGGCUCAUAGCCAAAACCAAACAGGGCUGUGAUAUUCUGAAAUGUCACAGCUGGGAUUCUGUAAGGCACAGUCGCAAACAUCUGUGGCCAGUGGUUCCAGAUGAUGUAGAACAACUCUGUAAUGAACUCUCAUCCAUCCCAAGCACCCUGAGUUUGAACUCAGAGUCAACCAGCUCUAGACAUAAUAGUGAAAGUGAAUCUGCACCAUCAAGUAUGUUCAUAAUGGAGGAUGACCGGUUUGGCAGCAGCUCUACCAGUACGUUUUUUCUUGACAUCAAUGAAGAUACAGAGCCAGCAUUUUAUGAUCGACCUGGACCUAUAAAGGAUAAAAAUUCAUUCCCUUUCUUUGCUUCUAGUAAACUUGUGAAGAAUCGUAUCUUAAAUUCGCUUACUUUGCCUAAUAAAAAACAUCGUAGUAGCAGUGAUCCGAAAGGAGGGAAACUGUCAUCCGAAAAUAAGACAAACAACAGGCGGAUCAGAACACUUACGGAGCCCAGUGUUGACUUUAAUCAUAGUGAUGAUUUCACACCCAUAUCCACAGUACAGAAGACAUUACAAUUAGAAACUUCAUUUGUUGGGAAUAAGCACAUUGAAGACACUGGUAGUACUCCAAGUAUUGGAGAGAAUGACUUAAAAUUCACCAAGAGUCUUGGUACAGAGAAUCACAGAGAAAACACAAGCCGAGAGAGAUUAGUUGUAGAAAGCUCAACAAGCUCACAUAUGAAGAUACGUAGCCAAAGUUUUAAUACAGACACUACAACAAGUGGCAUAAGUUCAAUGAGUUCAAGUCCUUCACGAGAGACAGUAGGUAUCGAUGCUACGACUGUGGACACAGACUGUGGAAGUAUGAGUACUGUGGUAAGUACUAAAACUGUUAAGACAAGCCACUAUUUGACGCCACAGUCUAACCAUCUGUCUCUCUCCAAAUCAAACUCCGUGUCCCUGGUGCCUCCAGGUUCUUCUCACACACUUCCUAGAAGAGCACAGUCCCUUAAAGCACCCUCUAUUGCUACGAUUAAAAGUCUAGCAGAUUGUAACUUUAGUUACACGAGUUCUAGAGAUGCCUUUGGCUAUGCUACGCUGAAAAGAUUGCAGCAACAAAGAAUGCAUCCGUCCUUAUCUCAUUCUGAGGCUUUGGCAUCACCAGCAAAAGAUGUGCUGUUUACCGACACCAUCACCAUGAAGGCCAGCAGCUUUGAGUCCAGGUUAACACCAAGCAGGAUCGAUUUUAAAAAGAAGCAUGUCGGGGGAAUCAGGAGCUUAAGACCUACAAUAACAAACAACCUUUUCAGGUUCAUGAAAGCUUUAAGUUAUGCUUCAUUAGAUAAAGAAGAUUUAUUAAGUCCUAUUAAUCAAAACACCCUGCAGCGAUCCUCCUCAGUGAGGUCCAUGGUGUCCAGUGCAACGUAUGGUAGUUCAGAUGACUAUAUUGGUCUUGCUCUUCCAGUAGACAUCAAUGAUAUAUUCCAGGUAAAGGAUAUUCCCUAUUUUCAGACAAAAAACGUACCUCCACACGAUGAUCGAGGUGCCAGAGUGUUUGCCCAUGAGGCAGGAGGUCUUCCAUCUGGAACUGGAGGUCUUGUAAAAAACUCUUUUCACUUGCUACGACAGCAGAUGAGUCUUACGGAAAUAAUGAAUUCAAUCCAUUCAGAUGCUUCUCUGUUUUUAGAAAGUACGGAAGACACUGGAUUACAGGAGCAUACAGAUGAUAACUGCCUUUAUUGUGUCUGUAUCGAAAUUCUGGGUUUCCAGCCCAGUAAUCAACUAAGUGCAAUAUGUAGUCAUUCAGACCUUCAAGACAUUCCAUAUUCUGAUUGGUGUGAGCAGACUAUCCAUAACCCCUUAGAAGUGGUUCCUUCUAAGUUUUCGGGGAUUUCUGGAUGCAGCGAUGGAGUGUCUCAAGAAGGCUCAGCCAGCAGCACCAAAAGCACAGAGUUGCUGCUAGGUGUUAAAACAAUUCCAGAUGAUACACCAAUGUGCCGUAUACUCCUUCGCAAAGAAGUUCUGAGAUUAGUCAUUAAUUUGAGUAGUUCAGUUUCAACUAAAUGUCAUGAAACUGGGCUUUUAACAAUUAAGGAGAAGUAUCCUCAAACGUUUGAUGACAUCUGCCUUUACUCUGAGGUUUCCCAUUUGCUCUCACACUGCACAUUCAGACUUCCGUGUCGGAGGUUCAUACAAGAAUUAUUUCAAGACGUACAGUUUUUACAAAUGCAUGAAGAAGCGGAGGCUGUGCUGGCGACACCACCAAAGCAACCUAUAGUUGAUACAUCUGCUGAAUCCUGACCUCAUAUUUAUGAUGUAUAUAGAUGAAUACUAUAUAUAUUCAUAUUUGUGGAUUUCCUAAAAGCCUCAGAAAAUGCUGACUGACUGAGCAGCAAGGACAGGAGUGUCUUCUGUUCCAGCAAUUACUGGUACAUGCACAGUUGGAACUGCAGACUUCCCUAACCAAAACAACUUCCUCUUUUCCCUGUUGAGCCCUCGGGGGGUUCAUUGCUCAUUACCACAGUUUUAAGAGUUUUAGUUACCAUUAUAUGCAAGAGCCAAGCACUGAAUACCUACAUAGGUUUUCUAUUUUUUCAUUUUAAGAGCAUAAUAACAGUGGAACAAUAAUAGGAUAUGCAGAAGCACCCUUCACAGUUAUUUCUGAAUUCUUUUUUUUAGGGUAAAUCUAAAGAUGCCUUGUUUGUUAACUAACUUGUGGAAACCAGGAAUCAGUGUUUCUGAGGCUGCACCCUGCCCCACAGUGGGGUGUGCUGUAACUGCUGGUAUUAGAGGAGGAACUUUGGCCCUUCCACAUUUUCCUUAAUAUUUGUAACACUACUUCAGAGGUUUGUAACCUCAAAGCAAAAGAAGAGCCUCAACAACCCAGGACUUAUAAGUUAUUUUUAUGUUAUUAGACUUGCAAACAGUUUGUUUUCUGUCUCUUCAGUUUUGUGGCAAUGUGUUAUUAUAGGCUAUUUGAACCAAUUAAGGUUUUUCACUACAGUUCUUGACUCAAAUGAGAACGUCAUUUUAUAAUUCAGAGUAUUUCCCAUUUGUAGAAUGCACAUGUUUUCAGUGGACUUCUCAUUUUCAUCAACUUCCCAUAUCACCAUUUGAAACAGGAACUUGAACAAGCACUAUUAAUUGAGACCUAAAGCAAAAGAAAGUAAAUAACACUUUGGAUCUCCUGAGGAAGAGAGAAGUUUGCCUCCGAUUUACACAUUCCGUGGGAAAAGAAGAGCCAUACUUCCUUUUUAAAAAAUCAUCAAUGCAACUUGAAUUAUGAUUAAAAAUUGUAGUGAAAAGCCUUAAGUACCAAAUUUUAAAGCAGCAGUAAUUUAAUUUUUUUAUAUCAGUGUUCUUGUUUUGCACAAACUAAAUGCAGUGAUAGGUGAGUUUAUCAGUACAGUCAUUGCCUUUAUCAUAUUUGUGAAGUUGUUAAGUUGAUGAGGGCAAGGUUUUGUUUAUUUGUGUGUUUAAUUUGUAUAUGUUUAAAGAUAUUUGGAAAUCUUUACAGGAAUUAAACAUAUAUGCAAAUUUGUAUAUAAAAAUAGCAUGGCCAUCACCAUUAGAAUGCUUGUAAAUGAAAGGAUUAUCUUUUUUGAGGUCUAUAUAUAAAUAGAAAAAAAAAUCCAGCUGGACUGAUUAGGACCCUUUUUUUAAUUCAUUUGUUUAUACCAUUUUUACAGUUGCACAUCAGCUUUGACACAGUCCUAGUAUCUUGAUUAAUAUUUUCCCAUAGUACAGAUCCUUUUUAUAACGGGCUUGUUCUUUGAGAUCUCUGUAAAGAACCCUGUGAACUAGAAAACGUAACUCACAGAGAUAGGUUUUUUUUGUUUUUGUUUUGUUUUGUUUUUUAAUUUACUGGCACUGAAAGUUCCAAUUGGGAUGAAGCAUUUCAUCUCACUUCAUAACACCUCUUUGACUGCACUUCAGUGAAUUGUUCUUACAUGCACUGUGUAGCAACUUACAUUAUAACAAAGCAGAUAAGGGCUGUAAGCUGCUGCUUAUGUUAAAAGUGGUUCUUCAGAUUUUCUCUCAUAAAAUCCAAGUGAAAAUAAAAUUAUUUUUUUUAACUUUAAUUUAUCGCUGAACCCAAGUGUUUAUUUAAAUGUUAACAGUACUUUUAAGAACGUUGCCUGUCACCUUGGUCUUUGGUCUUGGAUGAUUAAAAUGCCUUCCAGAGAACCAAAUGUCAGAAUUACUAGACCAAAUAGUGGUUAAAAACUCCAAAGGAGGUAAUUUAAUCUUAUUCAUAUUGGGGUUGACAUAUUUUAGACAUUGAUUUUAAACACUACCUCAGUUAAUAUAGAAUAUAAAAUCUGUGGUUUAAUCCCUCAAAAGUUAACAGUAAUUCUUUGUCACACACACACACACACACACACACACACACA